AUUCUUAGAUAUCGAUAGUUGUUGGUAACAACGGGCCUUAAGACGCGCCUCUAGUUGUUUCAAUAUCGCUUCUACUUCAUAAUAUCGAUAACAUUUACUUACAAUAAUGAGUAAAUUAAAGUGUAGUGUAAUUCAAAACUAGGAAGAAAUUAUGUCCAGUUACUUGCGAUGUAAUUAUGCAAAUAUGUAUGCGUAAAUAUCAUCAGAAAAUUCUUAGCGUAUGGCAUUUCCGUUCGGACGAGCAUUAAUAUUUAUUCCAUGGUUUACAUGAUGGUCAUACAAGUAAAUGAACUAUUAACAAUUCUUUAACUGCUUCAAGUAAAAUUAUCUUGAGUGGAACGGAUAAUAAAAAUUGCAGAAAUGACAGCAAUUCAAAGGAAAUUUUAAUAUUUACGUAAAUUUGGAAAUAAAUAAGGGACAUACAAGCGAUUACAACUAACCAUUUCAUUAAAAAGGUGGAUUUGAUCGCCCGGGUGAAAGAGCGAUUGUGGAGAUGAAUUUUGUUCUUAGUGUGUUGUUAAUAGCUAUUUUUAAAGAUAAGUAUGAACACUGGCUGCCAUCAAGGGCAGGUGGUCAAACCCUGGCAGCAAAUAUAUGGUCUGACAAGAUGACUUUGCAAAAUGAGCCCAUAAAUUUGACUAAUGCAAAUGCGCCGAUAAAGAAUGCAAAGAGUCUAAAUUCUACUAUUACAAACGUAGCUACGUUUGACACGAAAUUAAAUCACCUGUUAGUGGAUACCAUUACUGGACGAGUCUUCGUUGGUGGUGUGAACAGGUUGUAUCAGUUGUCGCCUGAUUUGGAGCUUUCCGAAACUGUAAAAACGGGGCCUCAAAAUGAUUCCGUAGAGUGUAGCAUUCUUGAUUGUCCAUCAAAUACCGUUCGCAGUCCAACGGACAAUUAUAAUAAGGUCUUGCUCAUUGAUCGUGCAACUUCUAGACUUAUUGCGUGCGGAUCACUAUUCCAGGGUACAUGCACAGUUCGUAAUCUUCAAAAUGUCAGCAUAAUUGAGCAUGAAGUGCCUGAUGCUGUUGUGGCAAAUGAUGCCAACUCGUCAACCGUAGCAUUUAUAGCGCCGGGACCUCCACAACACCCGGUGACAAAUGUGAUGUACGUCGGAGUUACUUACACAAAUAAUUCACCGUACAGAAGUGAAAUACCCGCAGUUGCAUCUCGAUCCCUUGAAAAGAUGAAAAUGUUUCAGAUUGCAUCUUCGGCAGUUACAACUGGAACGCGAACUUUUAUAAAUUCAUACGCACGCGAAACAUAUUUUGUAAACUAUGUUUAUGGAUUUAGUUCUGAGCGAUUUUCUUACUUUCUGACAACACAGUUAAAGCACAGUCACCACUCUUCUCCUAAAGAGUACAUAACGAAACUAGUACGAAUAUGCCAAGAAGAUUCAAACUAUUAUUCUUACACUGAAAUACCUGUCGAAUGUAUAAGUGAUGUUCAAGGCGGCACUAAAUUCAACUUGGUUCAGGCUGGAUUUUUAGGAAAACCUAGCUCAGACCUGGCUCAAAGCUUAGGUAUAUCUAUUCAGGAUGAUGUCCUCUUUGCUGUUUUUUCAAAAGGAGACGGAAACACACCAACGAACAAUUCUGCACUCUGCAUUUACUCAUUAAAAUCUAUUCGCCGAAAAUUUAUGCAAAACAUAAAAUCCUGUUUCAACGGAAAUGGGAUGAGGGGCCUAGACUUCAUAUCUCCCAGCAUGCCAUGUGUUCUAACGAAACUACAAACCAUUGGAGAGGAUUUCUGUGGACUAGAUGUCAACUCACCUUUAGGAGGAGAAACCCCCAUUACUUCAGUACCGGUGGCCAUGUUUAACACAAAGUUAACUUCAGUUGCUGCUACGAGUACAAGCGGGUAUACCGUUGUCUUCGCGGGGACCAGUGAUGGAUUCCUCAAGAAAGUUGUAAUCGAGUCUUCAUCUGUUGCCAACGAGUAUGCUAGUUUUGCUGUGGACGUAGGAUCUGAAAUUAAUCGGGAUAUGCAGUUUGACAACCAAAACCUUUAUAUGUAUGUCAUGUCCCAAACAAAAGUAUCCAAGGUUAAAGUAUUUGAUUGCUCUGAUUACAAGACAUGUGGAGAUUGCUUAGGUGCUAGAGAUCCAUAUUGUGGCUGGUGCUCAUUGGAAAACAAAUGUAGCCCACGUUCCAACUGUCAGGACGACGCUAACGAUCCUCUGUAUUGGGUCAGCUAUAAAACAGGAAAGUGUACAAUAAUAACAAGUGUUGUGCCACACCAGCUACAACGUACUACAGCUCGAACCUUAGAGCUCAUCAUAGAUCAUUUGCCUCAACUAAAAGAGAAUUUAAUAUGUGCUUUUACUACAGAGGAUAAAGCCCUUUUCACUAAUGCUACAAAAAAACGAAAUGGGGUAAACUGCACUACACCACGAACUGAUAUGCUUCCCCAAAUUGAACAAGGAAAACAUCACUUUACUGCCAAACUAUCUGUGCGGACUAGAAAUGGACCCGACUUAGUGUCUACGGAUUUUACUUUCUUUGAUUGCAGUACGCACUCUUCAUGUACACGUUGCGUGUCCUCGGAGUUUCCAUGUGAUUGGUGUGUUGAAGCUCACAGGUGCACACACGACACAGCUGAAAAUUGUCGCAACGAUAUUUUAGUAACAGGCGUUAGUCGUAUAGGUCCCAGUUACAGAUCAGGUCCGGGAUUUUGUCCAACGAUCAACGCAACAGGUGAUGGAAGUGAAGUACUUGUCGCUGGUGGUACAAGCAAAUCUAUCAAAGUAAAAGUUCAUAUUAUUGGGCAAUUUAUAGUUCAAACGCGAUUCGUUUGUCAAUUUAAUAUUGAGGGACGUGUAACUAGUUUAAAUGCUCAGUUGUUAGGUGACACCAUUUACUGCGAUAGCAUGGAAUUUCAGUACACUUCUAGAUCGCCCAAUUUAACAGCAACUUUCGCUGUUAUAUGGGGCGGAUCCAAGCCACUUGACAAUCCUCAUAAUAUACAUGUUGUUAUAUAUCGAUGUCGAGAAAUGGCCGACAGCUGUGGUAUAUGUUUGGCCCUAGCAGAAAAGUACAAUUGCGGAUGGUGUUCGUCUACUAAUACAUGCGAAGUUGAAGAACAAUGUAAUAAAAACAAAGAGGGGAAAACGGAUUGGUUAAAUCGAAGUGAAAUUUGCCCAAACCCUGAAAUUCAUACAUUCGAACCGAAAACGGGUCCCUGGGAAGGAGGAACCAAUAUAACAAUACGAGGAAUUAAUUUAGGCAAAAACUAUAAUGAUAUUUAUUCAGGAGUUCGCAUAGCUGGUAUAAAUUGUAUGCCAUUUCCCCAAUUUUAUAUUGACACAAAGCAAAUAGUAUGUACUGUGGAUAGUCCUGGAGAACAGAUGUAUAGAAAUGGAAAAAUAGUGGUACAAAUAGGGGACUAUCGGGGUGAGUCUAAAGAGGACUACGAGUUCGUUGACCCGAAAAUUUUGGAUUUUAAUCCAAAGUUUGGUCCAACUUCAGGUGGAACUGAAAUACAUAUAACUGGAAAACACUUAAAUGCCGGCUCUCGCAUACAGGCAUCCAUAAACGAUCACUUAGCUUGUAAAAUACUGAGCACAGAUUCUUCUCAAGCAAUAUGUCGCACUUCUCCUUCCCCUGGUAUCAUUGAAGGAAGACUAAAAAUGUCGUUUGAUAAUGGGCCCAGAGAGUUUAAUGAUUACAAUUUUAAAUAUGUUUUGGAUCCUACAGUUGAACACGUUAGUUCUGGACCAAGUGGACAACUAAAAGUACCAAAGGGAAUACCAGCAGGUGGUAUUCGAAUUUCUGUAACUGGUACCCAAUUUCAAAGUAUACAAACUCCUAACAUUUAUGUUGUGUAUAAUGGAGAGAUUUAUGUAAGCCCAUGUCAGGUGCAAUCGGAUACGGAAAUGGAAUGUGCAUCUCCAGUUGUUGAUGUGGACAGCAAUAUUAUUGAAGCGGAAAGGCCAAUUCUUCUUGAGUAUGGUUUCCUGAUGGACAAUGUUUUGCGUGUUCAAAAUUUAUCUAAGAUUCAUAACAACCAUUUUGAACUUUACCCUAAUCCGGAGUACUUCAUAUUCGAAGAAAGAGUAAAGUACUUUAAGAGUGAAUACUUAACCAUAAAUGGUCGAAAUUUGGAUCGCGCCUGCAAAGAAAGUGAUGUAGAAGUAAAGAUAGGAAAUGGAUUUUGCAAUAUUACAUCGCUUUCAAGACAACAACUUACAUGUAGGCCUCCUUCUGAAGCAACCGCAACCAAGAGCAUCAAUGGACCAGAAGUUAUUGUUCGUAUUGGAGCUUCGCUAGAGUAUCGUAUAGGUAUACUUAGCUACGAAUCGUCUAACAUCAUUUUGGAUUGGGGAGAAAAUGCAAUAUUUGCUGUAAUAGCCACAAUUGUAAUCUUACUGCUCAUUUUUGUCGCUUUGCUUGUGGCAUAUAAAAAGAAAAGUUCGGAAUCGAAUAGAGUCCUUCGAAACAUGCAGGAGCAGAUGGACAUACUGGAGUUACGCGUCGCAGCUGAAUGUAAAGAGGCAUUUGCCGAACUUCAAACCGAGAUGACUGAUCUCACAGGUGAUCUUACGUCUGGAGGUAUUCCAUUUUUAGAUUAUCGGUCAUAUGCAAUGAAGAUUCUUUUUCCAAAUCACGAAGACCACAUUGUACUGCAAUGGGAACGUCCUGAGCUUCUUCGGAAAGAAAAGGGCUUGCGCAUUUUUGGCCAACUUAUCAUGAAUAAAACUUUCCUGCUACUAUUUAUUCGAACCUUAGAGUCCAACCGAUACUUCUCAAUGCGGGAACGAGUUAAUGUGGCCUCCUUAAUAAUGGUAACUCUGCAAUCUAAAUUAGAAUAUUGUACAGACAUAUUAAAAACUUUAUUGGGAGACUUGAUUGAAAAAUGUAUAGAAGGAAAGAGUCAUCCAAAGCUCUUACUACGACGAACUGAAAGUGUGGCGGAGAAAAUGUUAAGUGCUUGGUUUACAUUCCUUCUUUACAAGUUUUUGAAGGAGUGUGCUGGCGAGCCUUUAUAUAUGCUUUUCCGCGCUGUAAAAGGGCAAGUGGACAAGGGUCCUGUUGAUGCUUGCACACAUGAGGCAAGAUACUCCCUAAGUGAGGAAAAACUUAUCCGACAAUCUAUUGAUUUUCGACCAAUGAACGUUUACGCAAGCAUUAUACAGCAGCCAAUAUUUUGCAACAACUUAGAUAUGUUACCUUCUCACACCGAAAACGUAUCUGUUAAGGUAUUGGAUUGCGAUACAAUUGGACAAGUAAAAGAAAAAUGCUUGGAAACCAUUUAUAGAAACAUUCCAUCAAGCCAAAGACCUCGCAAGGAUGACUUAGACUUAGAGUGGAGAACAGGAGCUACUGGGCGAGUAAUACUGUACGAUGAGGACGUAACAUCGAAAACAGAGAGCGAAUGGAAAAAACUCAACACUUUGCAGCAUUAUAAUGUUCCAGAUGGUGCUGGGUUGAGCUUAGUACCAAAACAAAGUUCGAUUUAUAACUUUAGUAUUUUGUCGGACAAAAAUGAAAAAUCUCACAAGUAUGAAACUCUUAAUAUAUCGAAAUACACCUCCUCCUCUCCGACAUUUAGCCGCGCCGGAAGUCCUCUUAACAAUGAUAUGCAUGAAAAUGGUCUGAGAUACUGGCAUCUAGUGAAACACCAUGAUAGUGAUAUGCAAAAAGAAGGGGAACGGGUUAAUAAAUUGGUGUCAGAGAUUUACUUAACCAGGCUAUUGGCUACUAAAGGAACACUUCAGAAAUUUGUUGAUGAUCUAUUUGAAACAAUAUUUAGCACUGCUCACCGUGGAUCGGCACUGCCAUUAGCUAUAAAGUACAUGUUUGAUUUUCUUGACGAUCAAGCGCAGUUGCACGGUAUAACUGAUCCAGAAGUUGUGCACACUUGGAAAAGUAACAGCUUACCAUUGCGGUUUUGGGUGAACUUAAUUAAAAAUCCGAAUUUUGUUUUUGACAUCCAUAAGUCGAACAUAGUAGAUUCCUGCCUGUCAGUAGUAGCUCAAACUUUUAUGGACUCUUGUUCAACUUCUGAUCAUCGAUUGGGCAAAGACUCACCAAGUUCGAAACUUCUGUAUGCAAAAGAUAUACCAGAGUAUCGAAAAUGGGUAGAUCGCUAUUAUAGGGACAUUCGGGAUAUGUCCCCCAUUUCAGAUCAGGACAUGAACGCCAUGCUUGCAGAAGAGUCAAGGCUGCACACAACAGAAUUUAAUACAAAUUGUGCUUUACAUGAGCUAUAUACAUAUGCUGUGAAGUACAAUGAACAGCUUACUGUUACACUUGAAGAGGAUGAAUUUUCACAAAAGCAGCGAUUGGCUUUUAAAUUAGAGCAAGUUCACAACAUAAUGUCGGCAGAAUAAAAGCUGCGCUAUCCUACCAAGAUGACAUCAAAAUACAAAAAGUGAGCUUAUUUUUAAGCUUCUAGUUCUUAGAGUCACUAUUUAUUAAGCAGGACUGUCUUCAUAUACAACACAAGUAUUUUAUUAUUUAUUUAUUCUGAAUGUCAACAUCAUACGGUAAAUUCUGGUUCUUUUCACUUUUAUUAUUCUUAAAUAUACACAUAUCUUAUUCAUACUAUCUACAUACUUUAUAAUAUAUAUACAUUCAGUAUAUCUUCAAAAUUGAAAGGGAUUUUAAUAGCCUUUACUUUAAAAUAAAUCCUAACGACAAA